GUCCGUCUGCUUCUUCCAUCAGCCUCUCUUCAGGCGGCUGGUGUCACUCUUUUCUCAUGGUGACGGGGCUUUCCCAUCCCAUCCCCUCUGCCUGGAAAGGGAUGUGUGCAGGACAGCUUUCUAAGGGUGCGUGUGUGUGUGUGGAUCUUGUGUGCCCAAGCAUGGACUAAUCGGCAUUCAUCUGUGAUAAGUGAGACAGCGGAGCUGCUUGUGUUCAGCUCUCCUCGCCGGCAGGCUCUGCACACCAGACUUUCUGCUGAAGUUUUGGGUGUAACUGCAGGGCACAGGGAGAGAGCUUCACUAUUCCCUCCUCGCCGAUGGAUCUACAAGGAAUGGGUGCUAGCUGCUCUAGGGGCUGAAAGUCCAUUCAGCUCCUCGGCACACUCCUGAACGAGUCUUCGCCGGUUCCAGUGGCAGCGGUCUUCCUUUGGCCUCCUGCUUUGUCAGUGAUUGUCUGGGGAGAAUCUCUCCCUUCCCCUCCAGCUUGAUGGUGGAAGAAGGUGCAGGCGGAGGGGACAGGGCAUCCCGCGGCAGGCAGUGGGGACCCCCUCGUCCCUGUGCUGCGCCAAAAAUGGUGGGCAAGGCCCUGUGGAGUGUGGAGCGAGCAAAGAAGGGCUGGUGCUUUGAGAGGGCCAUUGGGGUGGACUGCAGCUCACCUGAGCCCCGCUGCAUCUGGCUGACCACGCUGCGGACUGACAACGUGGACCUGGAGCGCAGGUGGCCCCGUGCUGGGGCCACUGUUGCCAGGCAAAAAUACCGCUCACGUCCCCGCGUGGAGAAAUGCCGCAUGCCAACACCAGGCCGGAGAGAUGGGGCCUCCCCAAAUGCCAAUGCCCCCUUGGAGGAGUCCUUUCCUUGGGUGGGGCCGAAGACAGUGGUGCUCCGGAAGAGCCCACAGGGGGGAUUCGGCUUCACCCUCCGGCAUUUCAUUGUCUACCCCCCGGAAUCGGCGGUCCAUACCAAUGUGAAGGAGGAAGAGAAUGGAAACCGGGCAGGUCCCCAACGGAGCCGCUUGGAGCCCAUGGACACCAUCUUUGUGAAGAAUGUGAAGGAAGAUGGGCCUGCACACCAAGCUGGCCUCCGCACAGGAGACCGUCUUGUCAAGGUGAAUGGGGAGAGCAUCAUUGGGAAAACCUACUCCCAGGUCAUAGCACUGAUCCAGAACAGUGAUGAUGUGCUGGAGCUCUCUAUUAUGCCCAAAGAUGAAGACAUUCUUCAGCUGGCCUACUCGCAAGAUGCCUACUUGAAGGGCAAUGAACCAUAUGCUGGAGGGGCCCAGAGCAUCCCAGAGCCACCUCCUGUCUGUUACCCUCGGAAGACCUACCCAUUCCAGUCCAGGCCACCACCCCGGGAGGUGAUGGUAGCAGAGCCCUUGCAGGGGCAGCAAGCAGACAGCAGGCCCUACCGCCCCUCAUCCUCAGGCCCAUCUUCGCCCCUGCACAGCACAUCCCUCACGAGCCCCAUCCCCAGCUCGUGGAACGAGGCUAGGAGUGAAGCCCCUCGUGAGUUUGGCAGCACCCACUCCAGCCCAGCCCACCGCACUGAGGAGAUCCAGUAUGGAAUGACCCAGCAGAGGGCAGGGAUGCCACUGGGGAGGCCUGCCCCAGCUCCUGGCACCUUCUCGCAUGUCUCCAGCAGCGGUUGCCAGGGUCCCCUAGCCCCCUCUUUGCCAGAGAGGUACGGUGUCCCUCCUGCUUCCUCCGUGACCAAUCAUACAUGCUACGGGGUCCCCAAGCACCUCCCAGAGCAUCGGACUCACUGCGGGUUCAAGGAUGCCCGUGAUACUAGUGUGGCGGCUGCUGGCAUGGGCCGCCCUUCCUGGGAGGGUUCGGGUGGCACCAAGGCUGUCAGCAGGCUGGAGUGCCAGCAGGCACUCUCCAACUGGAUUUCCAACCAAGUGCCACGCAGGAGUGCCUCAGAGGAGCGGAGGUAUGCCAUGCCACCCCGGUACCGCAGCGUCUCGCAAGAUCGCCUAGGAGAUGCCCCGGCACCCAGAGGGUGGCCUCACAGUGCCUCUCAAGACACCCUGCUACAGCCCAGCCAUGACAGCUGGGCUUACCGGGCGAGGUCUGAUAACUACCUAAUGAGGUAUGGGCACUCCAUGGAAGCACUGGAGCAGAGUGCACUGGUAUCUCCACCGCUGGACCAGUGUGUAUGGCCUCCGGAGAAAUUCUACAGGCCCAGCCAUGGGCAGGUUGCCCGAACUCAGCCCAGCCAGCUGAGUUCAUAUGCCCCCUCUUCCUCCUCCUCGAGAGAAGCUCCCCCCAUGCAUGUGCAGAAACAUCCCUCCCAGCCAAACCUCCAGAGCGUGGAUGACUCGGGGUACAUCGGUUACAGGAGCUACAGUCCUUCCUUCCAGCGCCGGACUGGCUUGCUCCAUGCGCUCUCCUUCAGGGACCCUACCUUUGGUGGCCUUCCAACCUUUAGUAUAUCACAGAGGCAAGGAAACCAACCAGCACCUUAUACAGACAGAUCCACGCCAGGGUUGUCCACAUCACUGCUGGCUGCUGCCUCCCCUCGCCCAGACCCCACCUCUGGCAGUGGGGUGGAAAUCCCCAAGGACCAAAGACUGACCAGCCGUGAGAGCAGUACAAGGCCUCUUGAGCCAUCCCCACCUCAGGGGAUGGAGCGGCUGCAGCCUGAGGCAGAGGAGAAAAAGGAGGAGGUCGUCCUCAGGCAAAAGCCACCCACGGGGCGCAAGAUGCCGCCUCCCUUGAGGCAGAUGAACUUUGUCUUUCCUGAUGACAUGAAGGAAACGGACAUUUGUGACCCACCGGUGAGCAGCAAAGGAGAAAUGCAGGUAGUGGAGCGGCCUGCCCGGCGGGUAGCACCAUUGGCAGCACCAGAAGACUCUUUGGCAUCCAUUCCAUUUAUAGAUGAGCCAACAAGCCCCAGCAUCGACCUGAAGGCAAAGCACAUCCCUGCCUCCUCUGUUGUAUCCAGCGCUAUGAACUCUGCCCCCGCCAACACCACCAGCCCCUCCUCGCCCACCUUCACCUUCGCUGUCAGCCGGCAUUACUCCCAGGACUGUAGUAGCAUCAAAGCCAGCCGCCGCUCCUCCUACCUCCUGGCCAUCACAACAGAGCGCUCUAAGUCAUGCGACGAUGGUCUCAACACAUUUCGCGAUGAGGGGAAGAUCCUAAGGAGGAUGCCAAGCCGGGUGCCCAGCCUCCGCAUGCUAAGGAGUUUCUUCACUGAUGGGUCUCUGGACAGCCUCGGCACAUCUGAAGACACGAGAUCAAAGAGACAUUCAACCUCUGACCUCUCGGACGUGACUUUCAGCGAUGUGAGGAAAGAGGGCUGGCUCCACUACAAACAGAUCCUCACCGAAAAGGGAAAGAAAGUUGGUGGGGGCAUCCGGCAGUGGAAGCGGGUCUUCGCCGUUCUCCGUGCCCACUCCCUCUACCUCUGCAAGGACAGGCGGGAGGCCGUGGCCUACGCCCCGCCCCAAGGUGAGGAGGAGCAGCCGAUCAGCAUCCGAGCGUGCCUGGUGGACAUUUCCUACAGCGAGACCAAGAGGAAGCACGUCUUCCGGCUGACGACCGCUGACUUCUGUGAAUAUCUCUUUCAGGCAGAGGAUCGGGACGACAUGCUGGCCUGGAUCAAAGUCAUCAGGGAGAAUAGCAAGGCUGAGGGCGAGGACCCCAGCUUUGCAAGCCAAGCACUUAUCAACAAGAAGCUGAACGACUACCGGAAAGUGAACCCUCCAGGGACAAAGCCAGACUCAUCCCCCAAAGGGUCUCGUGGGCUGGGGAUCAAACCGGAGUUCCUAAAACAAACGGGCACAUGCGCCCCCCGAUCUCCAAGGCAGGACAUGGCUGUGACUAAAGAUGAGAGUGGCUCCCAGAAAGCCCCAUGGGGCAUUAACAUCAUGAAAAAGAACAAGAAAUCUGCCCCACGGGCUUUUGGAGUGAGGCUUGAGGACUGCCAGCCCGCACCAGACAAUAAGAACAUUCCCUUGAUCGUGGAGGCCUGCUGCAAAGUGGUGGAAGACAAGGGCCUCGAGUACAUGGGCAUCUACCGGGUGCCGGGUAACAACGCCAUGGUGUCUAGCUUGCAGGAGCAGCUCAACAAGGGGGCCACUGAGAUCAACCUGCAGGAUGAGAGGUGGCAGGACCUGAAUGUCAUCAGCAGCCUGUUGAAAUCCUUCUUCCGAAAGCUCCCGGAGCCCCUGUUCACAGAUGAUAAGUACAACGACUUCAUUGAAGCCAACCGGAUAGAAGAUGCCAGUGAGAGGAUGAGGACCUUGCGGAAACUGAUCCGGGACCUGCCAGGACACUACUACGAGACACUCAAGUUUCUUGUGGGGCACUUGAAGACAAUCGCUGAUCACUCAGAGAAGAACAAGAUGGAGCCCAGGAACCUGGCUCUAGUGUUUGGCCCAACGCUAGUCCGGACAUCUGAGGACAACAUGACAGACAUGGUGACACACAUGCCAGACCGCUACAAAAUUGUGGAAACCCUCAUCCAGCAUUCCAACUGGUUCUUCAGCGACAAGGAGGACAAGGGAGAGAAGACUCCUGUGGAUGAGAAGGAGGCACAGUUGGUGCCAAACAUCGAGUACCUGCUCCCCAACAUCGGGAGGACAGCAGCACCCGGAGACGCCUCAGAUUCAACCAACAGUAGCUCCACUAAAUCCAAGCAGGGCUCGUGGGCAUCCCGGAAGGAUCAGUACCACAAGGAGAUGCUCACCAUCUCCUUCAUCUCAGCUGUCAACCGCAAGAGGAAGAAGCGGAGAGAGGCCAAGCGCUUUGGGAGCAGCACGGAUGAUGACUCGGAGCAUGAAGCCACCAAGGGCGCUGGCAAGGCUAGAGGUGAAGAGGCUCUGGGAGCAGAGAGGCAUGGGGAGGCCGAGGAGGAAGAGGCUGAGGAGUCGCGGGACCACGAUGCCCCUGGAGAGGCUGGUGUGGAGCCCGAUGCUCGGAGCCGAGUGGGGCCAGAGGCUAUGUGUCUGCAACAGGAAGGCCACUUGGAGGUGGGGCUGGCGGAGGCAGAGGGGCUGAAGGGGAUGAAGAUGGCCGUGGCUUUGCGGAGCAGUCCCGAGCCAGCACUGGAUGCCAGGUCUAUCGUGUCGGGCUACUCCACGCUGUCCACCAUCGACCGCAGCCUAUGCUCCGAGGUGCAGUCGGUGGCCGAGAGCCGCGGCGAGGAGGCAGAUGAUGAACGCAGCGAGUUCAGCCACGUGGAGACAGACACAGAAAGCAGUUUCUUCCCAGGACGGGCAGGGCCAUGUGAGGGCCAGGGAGACGUGGCAGGGGUGGGGGUGAGCAGCGACAAAGACAGGCGGGCAUCCUUCAGCUCCCGCCGCCUCAUCCAGUGUGACACGCUGGCUCGCAAGCGGCUCCUGCGGCCUCGGCGGGACAGCAGCUCCUCAGCCAAGGGUAGUACUGAGGCUCCAAGCUCCAGCUCCCGGGGCAGCCAGGAGUCCCUGCCCCCCCUGGGAGCUGCAGCAGAGAAGCGGGGAGGCUGGGUUUCAGCCCGGCCCUCACUGAGAGAGCAGCUCCGUCUGCGGCUGCGUGGCUCAGCCGACGACAUGCUGGCCGUGCCAAUGCGCCAGCCCCACUCCCCUGAGACCCGGCGCAAGAAGAGCAGCUGGCGGCGGCACACGGUGGUGGUGCCCGGUGGGCUCAAGGACCUCAACUUCAACGAGUGGAAGGAGCAGCGGGCGCCAGGCCAGGGCCUUGCUGAUGGUGCCACCUCAGGGGCCAGGGGCGGUGCUGAGGGGCGGCCCCCAGAGGCAAGUGCCUCCUGCAAAGACCUACACAGGGACAACAAGGACUCGGGCCUCAGCAGCCUGGAGUCGACAAAGGCUAGGCCCUCCUCCUCCUCCUUGCUGGGGAACUCGGCGCCGAGCCACCAGGGCGGUGCUGGGGAGCAGCAACACAGUAAGGGCACGGAGGGGAACCUGGGUGACCGGGGCCCGGCUCCCAAGCGCACAGCUUCCUUGCGCUUCCACCAGUGUCUGUAACCGGCCUGGCACUUGGUCUGAUGGUCCCUAAGCCCCUCUGCCUCCUCCCCGAUGAUGCCUGUGGCUGCAGUGGCUGAGGACCCCUCUGAGCUGGGCCUUGCCUGGGCAUGGGUCCCCAUCAUGUGGGGAGGUCGCAGUCAUGGUCCUUGAGGCCAGGGGCAGCUUACCCCUUUUCUGUUUUACCCCUGUACUUCGAGCUUUGCUCUUGGCCCUCAGGGCUUGGAGGCCUGGAGACACCCCAUUUCCCUGCUCCAGCCCUCCCAUCCUGGGUGCUUGGGUCACUGCUUAAUUUAAUGACUUCCCCCACUCCCGUUUUGUAUUUAAUUGUGCUCCAUGUAGAGCUGCUUUUAUUUAAUCUGUUUCCCGAUUUUGAGCCUCUUCUGUACCACCUCCCCCCACCUUCAGCUGCACCUCCCCACCUGGAAAAUUUCCAGGCCCAGCCUUUUCUAGUCCCGAUCCUGCUAUGGAUGGCAACCUUUGGACCUGGGAUUGGCCCACUCUUGAGCGGUCACCCCCAAGAAGCAUUUGAGCUCCCUUCAGGCCCUGUGUGGCACUGACGGUUUUCCUGAGCUUCCAGACCCAACCCUGUCCCUAACUCCUCGUGGGCGUGAGACGCCAGCCUCCACCUUGAGAGCACUUGCUUUAUGGCUGCGGGAGGGAGGAUGUGUUUACUUGAGGCUGUUGCUAGUGCCCUGUGGCCACUUGCCAACCCGUUUUGCUCUUCCUCCGGGUUGCGCUGGUGCCAGGGGCCCUGGCCAUGGCUCCACGGCAUCAUGCUCUUGCAGGUUCCCCUCAAUCCUGGUCACAGAAAAUGCUGGCUGCAUAAAUGCUGCUGAGGGGUAAGGAAAUGUUGAGCAGCUGUAGAGAGAGGCCUCUAGGCACCUUCAUCCAUGCCCACCCUAUGCCCAGUGCAGAGAGGGUCCCCACCUUUCCAGAGCCAGUGCCCUGGCCCUAGUUGGGCAUGGAAACUGAGGGGGGGAUGUGUGGGGGGGAAAGCGUAGGCAUGCAGCUCUGAUGCUGUAGCAAAGACCCUCCCCACACAUCUGUCUCCUUCCAGCAGUCAGGAGGGACUGGCAGCAUUUGCAUUGUGCUGCCCAGGUGCCAGGAUGAUGGGCACAAAACCAGGCAGCCAGGCUGGGGACUGGAGAGCAGAGACGGAGCUGAUGGCUGGCUCUCCGUCUGCCCUGGCCACAGUCUGUCCAGCUCAGAGCUCUUGUGGGGCUCCCCAGAGACCGCCCCCCUCAGGGCAUGCAUGCACUACAGGCCAAAGGCAUCGCUGCAGCUGGGUGGGUAUCACAGCUACCAGUGUGCCAGCCCCAUGGACCUGAGGCUGUUGGUAUGGGCUAAUGCUUGUGGUGCUGCAUCUCUGCUGUGAGUGCACUCCUUGCUGGCCGGGGGACAC